CCGCGAGCCACAAGCGCCCUAUCACUAACUAUUCGUACUUAAAUUCUGUUGACCACUUUUACGCACACUAUCCAACUAUCCGUGCUGUUUCUGCUUCGAGUUCAACGCUAUCCGUGUAUGUGCUGUCCGUUAGUCAGCCAGGUCUAUCGGUUACCUACCAACGAAAACUAGUACUAAUCUCUAAACUACUCAUAGAGUGGGGUUAAAUUCUUGUUUUCUUUACUUUCGCCGCGUGUUCAGAGUGUACGCAAGUGUUAUCGCUUCUCAUUGUUUGCUUGUCAAACAUUUUAUGAAAGAAGCGUACAAAGAACUUUUGGCCGCCAGUAAACAGUCGAUGUGUUACUCAUACGCCUAAUAGAACAAUUUUCGGUCCUACAAAGACAUAAUCACCGUGCUAUAAUUGCUGUUGAACUUAUAAACAAGCAAGGAGAAUUUGAAGGAAACAACAAAAAUAAACACACCGAAUACCAACAUCAAAAAUAAAAAAGCAUUGCUAUAAAUAUACAUAUAGAAAACCAUCGAAGAACAUCAAAAUGGAUCACAAAGCAAUCGCAAGUCAAGUGCGAGGUGAGCUAAACCUACGCACAGCAUUUGAUCUACUAGACAGAAAUCGCGACGGUCGCGUUACUGCAAAUGAGCUGCAAUUUAUGCUCAAGAAUCUGGGCAUAAAUGUGCGUGAUGAAAUCAUACACGAUCUCAUACGUGAGGCGAGCCAUUCAGGAAAUGGUUUAAUCAACGAGGCUGAAUUCCUGCAGUGGGUUGGACGCAUUCAGGCGCUCCGCGACGAACAGCAACAACACGAGGAGAACGCCAGCAAGCCAGUGGAUGAGGCCGAUGAUGUCACUGAAGACUUGAUAGCAGCAUUUAGGGUAUUCGAUCGUGAUGGCAAUGGAUUUAUAACACGAGAUGAGCUGCAAACCGCCAUGGAAAUGAUUGGCGAGCCAUUGAAUGAGACGCAGUUGGAGCAGCUGUUGGCCAUAGCCGAUUUGGAUCAGGAUGGGCGCAUUAAUUACGAGGAAUUCACGAGACUCCUACUCUAAGCCGCCCACGCCUGGUAUUGUCUACAGCAACAACUAAAAAUCAACAAAUUUAAUAAAGUUACUUGCAAAGUAAUAACAAACUUAAACUUAACAUAAUUAUUUAGCAUACUCAACCACAACAAAAAGAAAAGAAGGAAAAGCAAAUUACUUAAUAUUUUAUACAAAACAUACAUAUACAUAUACUAUAUAGUUAGGUAUGAGAAGGAAAGCUUCACGCAUACACACAUCUUGGGCUGAUACUGUUUGGCGUUUAGAUUGGCGUAAAAACACAUUAAGCGUUGGACACUUGUAAAUGUAAAUUAUUCCUUAAGUAAUUGUUUUCUUAUAAUCGUUUGUUAUUCAACAUAAUAAUCAUGUGUAUUCACUUCAUGCGCAAAUGUUUAUGUUAUACUAUAAGAAAAGGUCACAAAAUGCCUGAGUAAAAAAAUAUAUAUCUUUUGGAUAAGUUAAAAACAAAAAACAAACAAAGAAAUCAAUUAAUUUUCAGUUUAGGGUUUCUGAUAAAAUCUUUGUAAAUGGCAUUAUGUUAAAGAUAAAAUUCUUACACAUUUAAAAAGAAAUAUAUAUGCAUAUUCGGAUAAGUCUGAGCGCGUGAGUGAUAUUGUGUUUAGGGUGCUGCAAAAACAAAAAAAAAAAGCAUACAAAAAUUUAAUAAAUGCAUAUAUAUAAAUACUAUAUAUUUAUUGAAAAAAAGUAUAUUCAUAUUUUAAUACAAAAAUAAAUAAAUACAAAGAUUA